AUGUUGUACUGUUUUAGAAUACGACAGCCUACAUUUUUGAACUCCUUAUCUUUUUUAUUUCAGCUUCAUUCUGAUGUGGACAAAGGAGUCGGUGAUGUUAAAUACACUCUUAUGGGUGACGGGGCAGGAACAAUAUUUACUGUUGAUGAAAUCACAGGUGAUAUUCACGCAAUCAGGAGUCUCGAUCGAGAGGAGAAGACAUUUUAUACUUUGCGUGCUCAGGCUAUUGAUAUCAAGUCUGGACAGCCAGUGGAGCCAGAAUCAGAGUUCAUUAUAAAAGUACAAGAUAUUAAUGAUAAUGAGCCAAAGUUCCUGGACGGACCUUAUACCGCAACUGUUCCAGAAAUGUCUCCAUUGGGUACAUACGUAACGCAAGUGGAGGCCACCGAUGCUGAUGAUCCUACGUAUGGAAACAGUGCUCGAGUGGUCUACAGUAUUCUUAAGGGGCAACCUUAUUUCUCCAUAGAUCCAAAAACAGGUAUCAUCAGAACUGCUUUACCAAACAUGGACAGGGAAGUCCGAGAACAUUAUCAAGUACUUAUUCAGGCCAAAGACAUGGGUGGUCAGUUAGGAGGACUUGCCGGCAUUACUGUUGUCAACAUAACACUCUCUGAUGUCAAUGACAACCCACCAAGGUUUCCAAAAAGUAUCUUCCUCUUGAAAGUACCAGAGACCUCUGAAGUUGGAUCUGCUGUAGGCAGGAUCAAGGCAACAGAUCCUGACACUGGGAAGAAUGCAGAAAUCAAAUAUGUAAUAGUUCCUGGAGAUGGUGGAAAUGUGUUUGAUAUCACAACAGAUGAGAACACGCAAGAAGGGAUACUAAUUCUGAAAAAGCCCUUGGACUAUGAAAGCAAGAAAGCCUACACUUUCAAAGUCGAUGCUUCCAAUGCACACUACGACCACCGAUUCCACAGCAUGGCACCACUUAAAGAUACAGCCACUGUAAAGAUCGCCGUAUUAGAUGUUGACGAACCUCCCGUCUUUAGCAAGCACAGUUAUACAUUAGAAGUUCAUGAAGACACCCCGGUCGGCACUAUUAUAGGAGCAGUAACUGCACAGGACAUUGAUGUUAGCAACAGCCCAGUCAGGUAUUGCAUAGACUGGAAGAGUGACCGUGACAAGUACUUUACAAUCGAUGAAGUAGAAGGAAUCAUUGCAACGAAUGAGCUGCUUGAUCGAGAAAGUAUUGCACAACACAACAUCUCUGUAAUCGCUACAAAAGUUAGUAAUCCUCUGCUAUCCAGCCAUGUGCCUGUCAUCAUUCAUGUUCUGGAUGUCAAUGAAUUUCCUCCAGAAAUGUCCGUGCCUUCAGAAACAGUUGUUUGUGAAAAUGCCAAGUCUGGGCAGAUAAUUCAAUCAGUGAGUGCUGAAGAUCGGGAUUUAGCACCUGCAGGACAGAAGUUCUAUUUUCGACUGCCUCCUGAGGAAGCCACGAAGCCAAAUUUCACAGUCUAUGACUUUGGAAAUAACACAGCUGGGAUUAUGGCCAAACGAAAUGGAUACCAGCGUAGUCAGCAUGAGCUGUAUUUCCUUCCAGUUGUGAUAGAAGAUAACAGUUAUCCUGUCCAGAGCAGCACUAGUACACUUACAAUUAGAGUUUGUGGAUGUAAUUCUGAUGGGACCAUCAUGUCGUGCAAUGCCGAAGCAAUCUUCUUACCAGUAGGACUGAGCACUGGUGCUCUGAUAGCAAUCUUGCUGUGUGUCAUUAUACUCCUAGUUAUAGUUGUGCUAUAUGUGUCGCUGAGAAGACAGAAAAAGAAAGACACACUGAUGACAUCAAAAGAAGACAUCAGAGACAAUGUCAUCCAUUAUGAUGAUGAAGGUGGUGGGGAAGAAGACACUCAGGCAUUCGAUAUUGGUGCUCUGAGAAACCCAAAAGCUGCAGAGGAAAAUAAAUUUCGCAGGGAUAUUAAGCCAGAAAAUCUUUGUGUUCCACGACAAAGGCCACCAGUGGAGGAUAACACAGACAUUAAGGUCUUUAUUAAUCAAAGGCUACAAGAGUAUGACGCAGAUACUUCUGCACCACCUUAUGACUCGCUGGCCACAUAUGCUUAUGAAGGAACGGGCUCUAUAGCUCAGUCACUGAGCUCUAUUGACUCAGUUACUACAGAUGCGGACCAAGAAUAUGACUUUCUUAGUGACUGGGGCCCAAAGUUUAAAAUGCUGGCAGACAUGUUUGGUGGAGAACAAAGCUAUAAUACUGACACUGUCACAUAAAGAAUAUUUCACAAUAUACUUUGAGUACAUAACAUUUCUGAUUUUUCCAGCAUUUUCCAUGCUCUCUAAUCUGAUUUGCUCCAGCAAUGGAAGGUUUUCAUGAUUGAUGCAUUCUGUAUGUACUGUUCUGUUACUGACAGCGCAGAAAGCAGAAGCCUGUCACCUGCAUUACACUGUGUUUAAAGCUAAUGAAGAGAAAAACUGCUGGCACUAAGAUAGCAUAUAUUAUUACCCGAAGGGGGGUUUUAAUGAUAUACAGUCAGGACAACUUACAGCAGUAAAUAUUCCUUUACUGAACUUCUAUGCCAUGAAUCACAUUCACUAUUUUCUAACACUAGUUUCAGCCAUGGGAAAUGAUUAUACUGUACUUCCCUGAAAAAAUAAAUAAGACCCUAAGUGAAAUAUUAUAAAAGCUAGUGCAAGUGAGAACAAUGGACCCUCAUUCUUUAGAGAUUUUUUUUCCUAAUUCCACUAAAGUGCCUAAGACAAACAUAUCAUUUUUGUUGUUAAAAAUGCCUGGAAGAAGGGCAGUUGAUGAAACAGAAAAUGAACAUGUUGUCGACAUCUUCAUGCCAAGAAGCAAUAGGGACUUUUGAAAAAAAAAUGAUUCAUUGACGUUCAUUCUAAGCAAUGGAUCAUGAGUAUGUCUGAGAGAGCACAUAAAUCAUUCUUUGAUGAAAUAUUUUUACCAUAAAGCAACACAAAAAGGUUGAAACGUGUUUGAAAGGUGUCAGGUGCAUUUCAUGCAGAGACUGUCAAAUGUCUGCUUAAGAAGCCCAUGGGGGGCUUAAUGUAUAUGAGACAAUAGUUUGAUGAUACACAAUAUACACUACCCCACUCAGUAAAAUGAAAUGCUGCAUAUUCUGAUAACUUUAGGUUUUGAAAUCUCCUGAUGUGGCUGUGUUGUCGGGUAUAUUAUUUAUUGUGAAUUCAGGACUGACAAAAAGUGAAAUGAUUACUUGCUUAAUCCUUUACUGUACGUGACAUCAGUGAAACUUUUAUUUCCUGGCAUUUUCCAAAGAAUCAGAGAUACAAAAACUAGGCUGUGAUUGCAGAUGACAGUAAUAUGAACUUCUUAACACUUCAGUUGCAGGAUCUUUACCAAUAGUAGAGGAAUGCUGGCAUUGUUGUGACUGACUUUUAAUGUAACUGUGUACUGACGAGAUAUAAUAUCAAUGAUGUGCAAUGAAAACAGAAUGGACAGCUGCAAAGUGCAAAAAAAAAAAAAAAAACAAGAAAAGAAAAAAAAACUAACAUGUUGUGUCAGUUGAUGAUGUUAACAGAAUUGAGAAAUUCUGCACCACUUAAGGUUUCAGUUUGCACAAUGAUAUCCUUGAUAUUACUAUCAGUACAAGGCCAAUGGGUUUCAUGUAUAUCUGUUUUAUGUGUUCCAUUUGACUUACUGUCCAGACAUCAACUUCACUCUUGCUUUGUCAUUGACUAACUCAAAUAGCUGCAGAUAAAUUCCAAGCCUUUUAUUCCACAUCUGUUAUGUCUGAACUUUGUAUUUAUUUGUUCAUGCCAACAAAGAGUAAGCUGUUAUACAGCUGAACACUUCUCUCAAAAAAUCUAAGCUUUCUGAUAUGCAUCUAUUUGGAAUGCGCAUCACCAAAAUCUAGUCAUACUCCAUUCACACCAACUACAUACAAAAUAUUUUUUUUUUAUAUUUGCUAAGAGAGAGAGAGAGAGAGAGAGAGAGAAGAAAAAACAUAUUAAACUCCAUUGUGUUCUAAAUGACAUUUGAAUUACUUGCUUGGGCUAAAAAAAGAAUUGUUGCUCCCUGGUAGGAAUUGAUUGUCUUCCAGACAUUUUAGAUGUGGAACUGACUGGUUAUUCACUUCAGUCUUCACAGGAAAAUACAUGUUUUUCUCAGGUACUACAUACCCUGAAGUUUAAAAGCAUAUUGUUUUGAAAACCAUUUCAAGUGCAGUGCUUGCAACUGUUAUAUAGUGCUGAAUCUCAAAUAUGGUUAAGGCAAGAAUUAUGCAUUCAGCUGUUACUGAAUGCAGACCUCAAGAAUGCCAUCCUGUCUGUAUGUUUAAUAGGGCUCUAGGAUGAAUUUAACCAGAUUAAUUCUCUGUUCUAAUGUUGCCUAAACUGAGAUUUACAUUUGCAUCACUGUGCACAAAACUCUACUUGCAACAUACAAUUGUCUUUCUUUUUGGUUUUAAUCAUCCCCUGCUGCAGGCUAAAAAAAAAAUAAAUAAAUAAAACACCUUCACGUGGGCUCUUCACUGGCUUUUGUAGAAGAACAGAACAUAAUUCAGUGGCAUUCAAGAGAUCAAGAGCAGUUUCAAUCAGGUUUUUAAAUUUCUUGCCCAAGACUAUUUAUAACGAGUAUUCCUCAGGCUUAUGUUUUCUUUUGUUGAGGAAGAUUUGGCCAGUUUCAUCUGGCCACUAGCAUACUAGUAAAGGCUCCUUUUAUUAUCCCAAGAAAGUGAACAUUCUUAAACACUUAUCUGUUUACUCUGUCCUACACUUUCAGAUUCAGAUACUCUGUAUAUUACUGUGCAAAAAUGGAGACCUAAUGUUUACUGUCACUUAUUUACUCUUCCAGAUGAAUACAUUAAAACCCUAACUACUCUACUAUGCUGCAUUUCCCAAUUCAGUGUGAAUUGAGUGAAGUGAGAAUGUGAUGCAUUUCACAACAAAUUGCAAAGUUUCUGAUAGGAAACAACCUUAGAAAAUAAGUCACAUAUGAAAACAGAUGGGAAUAUAGUAUUCUGUGAAUUGUACAGUCUGUAGCCUCUAACAUAGAGUUACAGAAAAAAAUGAUGCAGCCAUUGCAACAUAAAACCCACCCUACUGUCCGGAAAACAAUAUGUAAUAUUACAGAGUGAUCCCAAUAAAAGUGACUGCCAUAUUGCCCGUCUUGAAUUGCAAAUAUAUUCUAAUGCAGAAUACAAUUCACAACCAGUCGUGCCACUUGUGUUGCAUUUUUGAAACCAUUUUCUUGAAAAAGGUAUUCAUAUUGAACAUUACAGAACUGGCUAUAGCAAAAGCUAUUAUGCUGCUUGGGCUGUGCUAUUAUUUAAUGGAUUUUUAUGAAAUAAGAUAAGAGGAGUGUUGUUGCUUUCUUGUGCCAUUUAUUCUGUUAUCACUGAUGUCAUCACCUCCCUUUGUUCUCUCAGAGUGUCUGGUACAUAUUACAGAAAUAUUUAAUAAACAUUGCCCAUGGUUCUGCUGUUUA